GCUCCAUCUAGCAUGUCUGGUUGAAUUUCACGGCUGCUGUUUUUUUGCUCUGCUUCAUACCAAUCUCACAGCGGAUCAAUUCGGAGGAACAAAUCGGGACCUUAGAAGGUUUUUGGUGGAAUACUGCGCAGCAUCCGCUACUCUAUCGUUUAGCGCCAUCAAGUCCCUCUUGCAUUCCUGGACUCCUAUUGUUUUAACCCGUCCGUGACGAAUCAAGCUAAGGUUACACACUAAAGAAUAAACAAUGGAUAAAGCGGAGCUUAUUCAGAAGGCCAAGUUGGCGGAGCAAGCCGAGCGCUACGAUGACAUGGCCGCCUCGAUGAAGGAGGUAACGGAACAGGGGGGCGAGCUGUCAAACGAGGAGAGGAACCUGCUAUCUGUCGCAUACAAGAACGUGGUCGGAGCACGGCGGUCGGCAUGGAGGGUCAUCUCCAGCAUCGGACAGAAGACUGAGGGAAGCGACAAGAAGCUCGCAAUGGUCAACGAAUACCGGGAGAAGGUGGAGGGCGAGCUGAGAGAUAUCUGCAACGACGUACUGGAACUGCUGAAUAAAUAUUUAAUUGAGAACUCCACAAAUGCUGAAAGCAAAGUCUUCUAUCUUAAGAUGAAGGGCGACUACUAUAGAUACCUUGCCGAAGUCGCCUCUGGGGAUGACAAAACAGCAACCAUAGAGCACUCUCAGGAGGCGUACCAGCAGGCAUUUGACAUCAGCAAGAAGGAGAUGGACCCCACGCAUCCCAUCCGCCUGGGCCUGGCCCUCAACUUCUCAGUCUUCUUCUACGAGAUCCUCAACUCUCCAGAGAAAGCCUGCUCACUGGCCAAACAGGCAUUUGAUGACGCCAUUGCAGAGCUGGACAAACUGAACGAGGAGUCAUACAAAGACAGCACUCUCAUCAUGCAGCUGCUCAGAGACAACCUGACAUUAUGGACAUCCGACAACGCGCCUGAGGAAGGCGAGGCUGGAGAAGCCGGCGAAGCCGGAGAGAACGAGAACUGAAACUCACAGGGUCAUCUCUCUCAAAAAAACAACCUUUUUACACAUCUCCAUUCCUGUAUUGCUCCACUUAAAGUCUUUUAGCAAUGAAACCCAUUACUGAACAAAAGCUGCAUGUGGAAAUUCCUAAAUAAUUUGACUUUUCACGCUGCAGCUUUUGUGCAAAUAAAAGAAAGAAAAAUAUUGAUUGAGGGGGAGGGGUGAAACCUCCAUUCCUUGGUUUGUUUGUCCUGACCUUCCAUACGUGCAGUUUCUCCUGUUAGAAAAGUAUUAAUAGCUUCUUUUUAUCAAUGUUUUAGUCCAAAUUAGAGGAAAAAAUACAUUCUAGGGCUUUUUGCUGAGCUACUGAAUCUUAGUCCCAUCAAAACACAAGGGGAGUUAAGAUGUUAGAACAGGGGUGUCUGUUAAGCAAAUUCAAUGAAUUGUUCCCUCACCCUC